AUGAAGUGGCAGCCUCACCUGGGCAGCCUGCGAAGAUCCAUUGACUGCAGUAAGCCCUUCCUCGACAAACACUUUUCCAAAACACACCAAUUCAUCUCGAUAUUUCCGAAUUGCUGACAAGUGUCCAUUUCGAAAGAAAGACAUAAUCCAGAGCUUCCUUGUAUUGGCCAGAGGCACUGCGGCGUGCAGCAGUAUGAGGCCAUCGCGCCUCAGAAUUAUCUGCAAUGGCCCUGGGCUUGAAUUGACAAGAAUGUGGUGUUCGCGGAAAGGCCUCAUUAAACAUGGCAUGUACAUCAGAUCAUUAAGUGGAACCAAGGCCACGAAUAUCGUGAGACCCAGCCAGAAGGUAACAAAGGCACGUCCACCCCCACAAUACAGGUACUCAUUGCAACCCCGCAAAUUAUUUGGAAAUUCUGCUGAUAACCAUCCUCAGAUCAGCACCUAACAACCAACACGAACGCUCCGAGCCACCGAACCCCCAAAAUAGAGAAACGCUUCUUAAAUUCCACCGCUGGAUAUCUAUCGCACUGGGCGGAUACAUUGCCUAUUGCUUUGCGUUUCCGGCUGGUCAACUGGCAUUCAAAUUUGCCACAGCCACCCCUUCGUCCGCAGAACCAUCCGCGCAAAGCGAUGUCUCGAGCCGAUACGAUGAUAUCGCAGAGAGAUUCGACGAUGAGGUGGCGUGGUCUGAGACCCUGAUGGGUCUGACAUCUCUCCGGAAGAAGCUCGCGAAGAAGGCAAGAGGGGACGUGUUGGAAGUUAGUAUAGGCACGGGUCGCAAUCUAGAAUUCUACGAGUUUGAUUUCAGGAAGAAGAACCUAUGGUCCGCGCCCGAUAAUGCUUUUACGCUGGGUUAUGCUUUUAUUAGAAAGCAUAUUAUGGGGGCUAGGGAAAGUGAAGAGCCUAAAGAAGAGGUACCGAUGGUUACGAGCUUCACGGCGGUGGAUAAAAGUUGUGAGAUGUUGGAGAUUGCGCAUCAGAAGUUUGGAAAGUUGUUUCCGGGGGUCGUUGGGGUAAGGUGGAUUAUUGGGGAUGCGCAGGAGCCGGGAAAGAUACCGCCUCCGCCAAAGAAUUCGAAUGAGUGGAGUGGAAAUAAAGAGGGGAAGAAGUAUGAUACGAUUUUACAGACCAUGGGGCUAUGCUCGGUUGAGAAUCCUGUGGCUCUACUGAAAAGACUUGGUGAGCUUGUGAGAGAGGAGGAAGGUAGAAUUUUACUGUUGGAACAUGGGAGAUCUAGGUGGGGUUGGCUUAAUGCUAUCGUGGAUGCAUUGGCUGAGGGACAUGCGAAAGCAUACGGGUGUUGGUGGAAUCGAGAUGUGGGGAAAAUUGUUGAGGAGAGUGGGUUAGAUGUCGUGGAGUUCAAGACUCAUUGGCAGGAUGGGCAUACUGUAGCUUGGAUUGAGUUGAAGAAACCCAAAACCAAGGAGGUUAAAAUCUCUGAAGCCGUCAAGCCUCAAUCGAAAAAGGGCUGGUGGUAA